CCCCAACUUAAAAAAAAAAUGUAUAUAUAUAAUAUAUAUAUUUAAACCACUGACUGUACACUGUAAAUCAGUUCUAUUCACAAUGACUGUGCACAAAACUCACUUUUACGUUUACGGUGAUUUGAUUGGCCAACUGAUGACGUCUCCCUGGCUAAGCCCCGCCUUUCACCUGUAUAUGAGCCAGUGAGGUGCCACCAAACAAAUAUAUGAGAAAGAAGAUGCACUAUAGUUCUGGGAUAUUUGAUAACCAUUGCCACUCAUAAUUAUAGCUUCACGAAUAACCAGGAUGGCGAACACAGUUACCAAAGAAAUCUCCUAUGACGAGCUGAAGGCUCUUGUGGGAAAGAGCCAGAAUCUCAUUCUGGUUGAUGUCCGCAGUAAAGAGGAAGUGGAGAGCGGACAUGUUCCAGGAUCCAUUAAUAUUCCACUUGAAACAGUAGAGGCUGCUCUUACAAUGAAUCCAGAUGAAUUCAAGGCCAAGUAUGGAGUAACCAAGCCACAGCUGGAUGCACCAGAGCUGGUGUUUCUCUGCCGUGUGGGCAGGCGUGGGGGAAUAGCCACCGCCAAGGCCCAUCAGCUAGGAUACGUGAAUGCACGUAAUUAUACUGGUGGAUACACCGAGUGGUCUAAGAAAGAAGGAAAGUGAUUCACGUUGAAGGGGUGUUUCAUAUGAAUUCAUGCAAUCAGGAAGUGUGACAUAGAUAAUUAUUUAAUAUUAACAUUUAAUUUAAACAUGUUUUAAUUUUGUGGUGGUCUUUUCGCACUGUACAAUAUUUAUUAUAUAUUUAUGAAUAAAUACAAAUUAAUGUGUUCACUUUUGUGUUUCUACUAAAAUAUCGGAAGGUCCCAAAACAUAUGAUAAAUAUAAGAUUUAUGCACACAGAGGUACACACAAACAGCCUCAUGAACAUUAAAGAAUUAAGUAUUGUUUAAACUCCUGUUUCAAGAAAUGUGUGAAUAUGACUCUAAAAAUAAGCAUUGGUGUAACAAUGCUAACAAAUAGUUUAUUACAGUACCAGUCAAAGGUUUGGACACACUCACCCAUUCAUAUGAAUACUGUUUAUUAUUUUGCUGGCAAAUUAACCCCCGUAGGUCUAUAAUAUUUUUUUAAAUUUCUUAAAUAUAUUAUUUUUUAGAAAACAGCGUCUGAGUAAUUUUUUUUUGUAAUAAAAUUGUUUAAAUAAGAACUGUGUUUAAAAGUUUCUGC